GAACCGUCUGGGCGGAGAGAGAGGGAGGACUAUAUGCAGCGGCGGAAGGAGCGCAGCGUCACAGAGGUGAGUGCUGCGGAGCUGCCAUCAGACAGGAGAGAAGCUCGUCACACACUCAUCAACCAGCGGCUUGUUCUCAGGCCCUGCUGCAGAAACACUCAUCAUGACAAAAGAGGAGAACCUGGAGGUGCAGGAGAAGGAGAGGCACGACCGGGAGGAGCAGGAGGAGGGGAGGGUCCAGCGAGAGGAGGAGGAGGCGCUGACUGAAGAAGAGGAAGAGGAGGAAGAAGAAGAGGAGGAGUAUGAGCUAGAGGAAGAGAGGGAGCAGGAGGAGAGGACAGAAGUGGAGGAGGACGAGGAGGAAGAGCAGCAGGAGGAGGAGCGGGAGGAGAGAGAGGAGCGCGAGGAAGAGGAGGCGGCUCCGGCCGAACCGGAGCCAGAGCCCGUGUCUGUGUCCGAGUACCAGAGUCCGGUUCACGAGCCGCGGCGCCGAGCCAUGGUGCACCCGUCCGCCCAGGCUCCGCUGCCCAAAGACUACGCGUUCACCUUCUUCGACCCGAAUGACCCGGCCUGCUUGGAGAUCCUCAUGAAUCCCCAAACCACGGUCCCUGAGCUGUUCGCCAUCGUGCGACAGUGGGUUCCCCAGGUGCAGCACAAGAUUGACAUCAUCGGCAAUGAGGUGAGAACAUAAAACUGCUCGGCGUCUGUGCGUGUGGUGGAUUCAGCUCCCCUGCGUCUUAGUUUCGUCCUCAUUGUGUGUGCAGGCGACCCGGCGGCAGCGCUGCGUCUCACCUCUCAGCUGAUCUCGCUGGGCGCCGACGUGAGUCUGAGGAGCCGCUGGACCAACAUGAACGCCCUGCACUACGCCGCGUACUUCGACGUCCCGGAGCUGAUCCGAGUCCUGCUCAAAGCAGCCAAACCCAGAGUCCUGAACUCCACAUGCAGCGAUUUCCACUAUGGUACGGCUCUCCACAUCGCCGCCUCCAACCUCUGCCUGGGUGCAGUCAAAUGUCUGCUGGAGCACGGAGCCAACCCCACCGUCCGGAACGAUAAGGGUCAGGUUCCAGCAGAGGUGGUUCCCGACCCAAUGGACAUGAGCCUGGACAAGGCGGAGGCGGCAAUGGUGGCCAAAGAGCUGAAGCAGCUGCUACUGGACGCCGUUCCACUGAGCUGCAAUCUUCCCAGAGCCACGCUGCCCAACUACGACAACAUCCCAGGAAACCUGAUGCUGGCCGCUCUGGGGCUGAAGCUGGGAGACCGCGUGGUGCUGGACGACAUGAAGACUGGCACUCUGAGGUUUUGUGGUACUACAGAGUUCGCCAGCGGGCAGUGGGUCGGCGUGGAGCUAGACGAGCCAGAGGGCAAGAACGAUGGCAGCGUGGGUGGCGUCCGCUACUUCAUCUGCCCUCCGAAGUUAGGGAUUUUCGCUCCAGUUUCAAAGAUUUCCAAAUCUGUGGACCAGACGCCUUCAUCAGUCACCUCCACCCCAAGAACACCCCGCAUGGAUCUGGCCUCCCGCCUCGCAGGAAAGACCAAGAAGGAGAAAGAGAAGAAGGAGAAAGAGCGAGAGAAAGCCCAGAAGAAGAAGGCUUCAGUAGCCAGUCUGGAUCCAGAGGGAAUGAAUGUGGAAGUCGGAGAUCAGGUUCUGGUGGCCGGACAGAAGCACGGCAUCGUUCGUUACUUUGGCAAGACAGACUUUGCUCCAGGUUACUGGUUCGGUAUCGAGCUGGACCAGCCCACAGGGAAACACGACGGCUCGGUGUUUGGGGUCCGCUACUUCAGCUGCCUGCCCAAAUAUGGAGUGUUUGCUCCGCCCUCCCGUGUCCAGAGAAUCGGAGGCCCUAAGGACGGCUCACAGAACGACAGCUCCGCGGUGAAGAAGGUCCACCAGAUCACCAUGUCACAGCCGAAGCGUAACUUCAACACGAUGCGUUCUCCUAAAGACCUCACAUCUGAGAGCUCCAUAUCCAGGCUGCUCUUCUGUUGUUGGUUUCCGUGGAUGCUGCGCGCUGAGAUGCAGUCCUAACUACGCCUUCCUCUUCUCUCUUCUACUCCACCACCAGAUCAGUCUCUCCGCUGUACUUACUCUCCAUCUUCUGCUUUCACCGACUUUCGCCGUCGUCAGUCAAACUUCUCGUGGUGACCCCGCCCCCCUCCUCUCUUAAUCUCAGCCCAGAACCUCCUAAUUUAGCCGUUCUAUAGCAAAAUCUAUAGUGCCUUGUAUCUGAUCAAAACGUUCCGCAUUCCUUUGAAGAAACCGAGAAUCUGAUUCCUCCAAAAAACCCAACCUUUCACGUCUUAUCACCUCAUCGUCCCAGCUCGGUAUCUGUCCGUGUUGUGCUGUCAUUCGGGGCCUAACAACAACCACAAAACGUUCGUUUGUGCUGCUACAUGCUUUUGUUUUUGCUGCUACUAGUUUUGGGUCUUAAACAGAUUUUCUCAUUAAUGCCAAGCUCGGCACAAGCUAGCUCAAACGUGGACAAUAAUGCAGAUAUUUCAUCCUGUGCUUUGUGGUUUGGCAGAUGUGUUUGUUAAAUUCUCAGACGCUUUCUGCGUAAAUGAACAAGAGCAGCGCACGAGAGUUUGUGCAAAAUAAAGUUUGUCUGCUCGUCUGAGACCAAGAACCUCUGCCUUCUCCGCUUGAGUUAAGAUGUAAAAAUCCCGAGUGCAUGGAGGGAAAAUCCCAGAAAACAUCCCGACUCCAAACUGUUUGAAACUCAGAAGUGAAAACAGCCUUAACAGCUGCUGGUUUUUACUUGAACACAGCCAAUAAUUGUCUGUAGGAGACUAAUUUUCCACUGCAGAUGUGUGAGAUAAGUAAGUGGUUCUUGGCCUCCGGGUUGACUCGCUGUAUGUGGAGGAUGCUAACAUUUAAUAACAAGCUUUAGCUUUAGCUUUAAUUUACAUUUCCAGCGAUCCUGACCACAAAGAACAGCUGGAUUCGAUGUUUAUCCUGCUGUUUGUCAGCCGUUAAUCUUUAAUCUUUUGCAAACGUCUGGCAGGAAAUGCAACAAACAUUUUCACCACAAGGUGGCAGCGUUUCAUCUGAGCUCCAGUGUAGUUUUCCACCAGCGCUACAGUCGUCUGCAUGCACAGAACAAUUUUUGUGCUCCAACUGAAUAAAAUAAGUCUGAUUAGCAACAUUUGUACGAAUGUUGAGCUAAUUUUAGAAUUUCUCAUGAGCAGUUUAGGUCCACCUGGUGGUCGACAGAGGUAUUACAUCAAUUUGCAUCUGCAACAUAAAUGUCUUUGACAUAAAGGCGUAAGCUGGUUUAUUUUUUGAAGGAUUGAAUCCGCUUUUGUCCAAGAAUUCUUUACAAAAAGUACCUUUGAUUAUAGUCGCUGCUAAUCAGCGUACUGCCAAAUACUCGGACUUUAACACUAAUAACAGGCUCCAGUUGUAAUCUGUUAACCGUAAACUGCUAACUGACCCAAACCGUUGACGUUUCCGGCCCCAUUUCAUGAGACUGUCAUGUCUUUAUGUUGCCUCUGAACGCUUCAGUUCCAGCUAAAUGUGAUGUCCAGUCCAUCCAGGGUUGAAUAUGUCUUUGUAAUAUUAAGUGUCCCUUCAUCAGCACCUCCAUUUCGAGGUUUUUAAUGACCUUUACUUAGAAGUUUAACCCCUAAACGAGCUCCAGAGUCCAAAUCUUUGACCUUCCUCUGACCCUCCUCUCUCGCUCCUCUCUCUCCAUUUAAAUAAGACUUUGGUAUCUUUUGUGAAUGUGAGCAAAGAAAAACACAAGCUAACCUAAAUGUGUGCUUAAUGGUAAAUCUCUGCAUAACUGAGAAACAGCAAUAUGUAACCAGUGUACCUAUCUCUGUGUGGAAACGUUUCCUGUGUUAAUGUCUCGUUACACUCUGUGAGCACUCGAUACAGAGAGAUGAACACACUCGCGCUCGGACGGCCGAGGCUGCCGGGGCGAGCCCAGAGAAUAACCGGACAAGCGAAGGGAUGAAAUCCAUCCUCAGUUUGGAUCCAAGUCGCUCAAGUGGAAAGUGACCCAACAGAUAAUCAUGUCAACAGAUUAUUCUGUUAUCUGAUUCUUGGACGGAGCUCAGAUCUCACGAACAAGCCCGGGGAGAUUUGGUAACUUGUUUCCAGAGAUGUGAAACUUUAAAUUAUGAGAAUUAUGAAAUAUGACCAACCACCUGCAAACACUGGUUGAAGGUCAUUUUAGAGAAUGAAGAGGUCGUUAAGAGCCUCUCAGGCGGGGCUUGCCAGUUUUUCUCUCCGUGUGCUCUGCAGCCUCGGCAAAAGGAGACAUUUGUGGUUGCUCGUGCACACUGCUGUGGAUAAUGUCCUGUUUGUGCCCGUGGAAUCAGCUUCAACAUUAUACCAAGGAGAAGUGCAGUGCUUUUGCUUUUCCACUCACCGGGCGCUCAGUUUAACUCAGUCAGCUGCAGGAUUUAGUCCAUAUGGUCACAAACCUUUCAUUCCUGCGUGAACUUGACCUGAGCCUCGCCUCUGAAUGACUUAACCAGCGCCGUGUCAGCCAGACGAGCGGUAGGUUGAGUCACGUCGCGUUCGCCACGGACACAAACUGGUGUCCUGGUAGGACUGUAGUUCAUUUAAGCUGCUUUAAGGAUGUCCUGAAAUCAUCAUGGAUGAGACGAACACAAAAAGUCAGUCCUGCAUCCAUCGAGUUGUUGGAACCAAAACUGUCCCGAGAAGCAGCUUUUUGAAAACUGCGAGUAGACGUUCGAGCGAUGUGCAGACGAGUUACUGCUUUACCUUCACAAAUAAAUAUCACAGCCCAAACAAGCCAGACGAACCCAAGUCAGUCCACGUGUUGUGUUUGCAUCUGUUUAUAGUUUCACACUGGAAAUUCAUCGCUACGAGUCAGCUGUCGUAGCACGGCGUUCGAUGCUGAAGCUCCACCCAGUCGGGCGAGCAUCAGUGGACCGCAGUGAUGGUGGAGGUUUGUCUUUGUACAGUAAACGUACAGUAACAGUACAGUCGAUAUGUCGGUUUGAACGUAGCGUGCUGUGUAGAUGUGGAGCUUUCCCUGGUUUGGCCACUGAGCGUCACCAGUUAUUAAUCUCACGCUAAAGGAAGCGUUACAGACGUUUUUAUCACGACUUUGGUUUCUGUAUCUAAGGCCGCUGAACUCCUUUUGCCUGAUUUAACUACAAACUCUCACUUUGUCGUUUUUGUUGGUUGGAUUUAAAAAUGGUUUUACUUUAAGAUUGGUUUCCUUACUUUGAGGCAGCAGGAAUGUUUGAAAUUUUGCAUCCUUGUCGAGAUUCAGCCGAUGAAACUCCGUCACGUCGUCGCCAUCAUCUUCUCCUAAUCCAAACCAAAAUGUGACUGUAAAUUAAAAAUGUUCUAGAAAAGUUUCCACUUUUUGGUUUCAAAUGAAAAUCCUGUUUGAUGCCUUCAUCGCCCACGUUGGCUUCGUUUCUCCACACGUCAACAAGAUGAGGUGAAGUUAAACA